AAACUGUUACCACUGUUAUUUUUGUGUUUGUGCAUUUAUUCUGUGUAAAACUUUCUUUAUAAUCUAUGAUAAAACUGCAUGACAAGCUAUUAUUUACUGUAAAUUAGUUAAGUUUUACCCAAAAGUAUGUUUAAACCGGGUUCAAUCCGUAAAAUAGAAGUUAAGAACUUUGUCACAUACAGCUAUGCAGAGCUGCAUCCUGGCCCCAAUCUAAACAUGAUAAUAGGCCCCAAUGGGACAGGCAAAUCUACCAUGGUGGCAGCCAUAAUUUUGGGGUUGGGUGGUAGCCCCAAAAUUGUGGGAAGAGGGCACAAAAUAUCGGAGUACGUGAAACACGAUUGUGAGUUUGCGACGAUACACAUUUAUCUGCAAGGCGAUAGGGAGAAUAAGUUUAUUCAAGUAAGUAGGGAGUUUGACAUUCAAGAACACAACGUUUGGAAGAUCGGGGGUGUACAAAAGACUUUGACGCAGUUGAAGGAGUAUGUGGGGCAAUUUAACAUACAGGUGGAUAAUUUGUGUCAGUUUUUGCCCCAAGACAGAGUCCAGGAUUUUGCCAAAAUGAACAAACAAGAGUUAUUAAAACAAACGCAAAUUGCCCUAUGUAAAAACGACUUGAUCGAGAAGCAAAACAUGCUCAUAGAAAGCCGUAGCAGACACAAAGAGUUGCUCAGUGCUGUCGAGAAGAGCACAAAGAAGUUGGAGGAUGCCAAAGAAAAAAACAUGCGAUUGGAGGGAAGAGUAGCCAACUUCAAAAAGAAGCGUAAAUACAAUGAGAGAAUGGCUCAUUUAGACCGACGUGUGGCGUGGAUUUUGUACGAAAAUUGCAGGGAUAAGUUGCAGGAGGUUAAAUCCGAUAAGGCUAAAGCUACAGAGGCGUAUGACAAGCAUAAAAAAGCUAUUGAACCCAUGGAACAACAAAUCAGAGGCGGGAAAGAAAAUGUUAGGAAGUUUCAAGAAAGAAAUGCCAAAAUAGCACAAAUAAUUAGGAGCUCUGAAAGUCAAAUUAGAGAAAAUAACGACACUAUGGAGAAUUUGAAGGACUCCAUACAAAGGAUUGAAAGUGAUGCAGAUGCUAAAAUAAGCGAAAUAGAAGAAAGACAGAAGGAAAUUGAAGCUAAUAAAGCUAAAUUGAAUGAGUUGAAGAAUGUUUACUCUGAAAUUUCCAACAAAGUAGCUGAAGACGAAGCAAAAAAACGCACCUUCCAAUCGGACGUGCAAAAGUUGAUAACGACGAAGGAAAGCUUGGAGGACAAGCGCGAAGAAAUCGCGCAGCACAAGCAAAACAAAUCGGCGGAGAUCCGCUCGGUCGAGUCUGAAAUGCAGCGCCUGGAGAACGUCAAAGGCCAACGGUUGCAGAAGCUGCAGCGCACUGACGCGCACGCCUACGAAGCCACUCUAUGGCUGCGCAACAACAAGCACAUGUUUAAAGGCGAGAUAUUCGAGCCGAUUAUGUUGGAGGUGAACGUUCUGGACGCAAAAAACGCCAUCUACCUGGAAAACGUGAUACCGCAGCGAGAUAGACUGGCUUUUACGUGCGUGGAAAAGUCCGACAUGAACCUCUUGAUUCAGCAGCUGCGCACCAAACAAAACUUGACCAUCAGCGUGCUGCAUUCCGGCAACACCGGGCAACCGCUGAGCAGCUUCAGACCUGAUGUGCCCAUCGAGCAGCUGUCGAAAUACGGGUUGUAUACCUACUUGUUCGAUCUUUUUACCGCACCUGAACCGAUUAUGCGGUACUUGUGCAACACGUACAGGGUGCACAAUAUUCCGAUCGGCAAUCAGAAGACCAACCAGAUGUACGAAAGAAUUCCCCAGCAGAUCAGGCAGUUUUUUAGCGACAAAUACAAAUUUUCCAUAUCGGUCUCGAGGUACACUGGCGAAAAGAGCACGCGGCAACAAGCAAUAAGCGGCGACGGAGGCCUAUCCAUAUCGGUGGACGUUCUAAAGCUGGAAAAAAUCAGGGGGCAAAGGGAGGAGUGCCGCAGAACCUUGGGCAAAUACGACGAAAACCUUAAUAACCUAACCGCGCAGGUGGAAAAAUACAACCAAGGUAUCGACAUCUUGCGCACGAAAUUGCGGGAAAUCGGGGAGAAAAAGCAUCAAGCAGAUGCGGUGCAAAACCGAAUAAGAGCCAUGGCGAACAAAAUAGUUGAGAUGGAGAGGCUUAAAACCGACCCCGAUGAAAUUAUGAACGACGCGAAAGUCAAGAAAAAAAAAAUCAUUCAGAAGUGUCUUAGCCUACAGGAGGUGAUCAAGAACGAGUUCAAAAAAAUCGCGACGUUGUUCACCAAAAAUAUUUUGUCGAAUAUAGAAAUUGACAGUUUGAGGAAAAAAGUUGCCUUUUUGGAGAAUAAAAUCAAUGACAGCAGACAAGCUUUACGGGAGGCAGAGGACACUUUGAACAGGAUUAAAGAGCACUAUUCUGAGGUGAUGGCGGAAGCAAAGACGGUUUUGAACCGCGCCAAACAGCUGUCGAACGGUUUUACGCCGGGCGACGACGGUUUUAACGAGUUCCGCGACAUUUUCGACGGUUUAAGCGGCGACUUGAAACACCUAAAAACCGAAAAGGAACAGAUCCAGUCGAAGAUCAGCUGCCUGAACACCGCCGACGACGGAGAAAUGGACGAAUACGCUGACAGGGAAAAACUGAUUGAUAACUUGGACACGGACAUUCAGAGAAUGACGGCGGAAUUGACAAAAGUUGUCCAUAAAAUGGACAGGUUGCAAGGGGAAUGGUUGACUCCCCUUAACGUUUUACUCAACGAAAUAAAUCGAAAAUUUUCGCAGGCCUACGAAAAUAUGGGAUGUGCCGGCGAAAUUUGUCUACACAUAGGUGACGAUCCACGAGAUUACGACAGCUACGGCAUCGCGAUAAAAGUGACGUACCGAAAUGACGUGCCCCUUCAAGAAUUGAACACCACUGUCCAAAGUGGGGGCGAGAGGGCCGUGGCCACGGCCACCUUCAUGCUCUCCCUGCAAGAAUUGACCCCGGUGCCUUUCCGAUGCGUCGACGAAAUCAACCAGGGAAUGGACGCUAACAACGAACGCAGAAUUUUCGAGCUAUUAGUCGUCACCACCAGCCGUGUAAACACUGCGCAGUACUUUUUAAUCACGCCGAAGCUGGUCCCGAAUUUGGAAUUCCACGAAUCCAUGAUGAUCCACAUCGUGCACAACGGUCCUUUUGUCGUGCAGGACAGAAAAUGGUCGUUUUCCAAGCUAUGCAACCCGCUGGGAACGCAAAUUCACUAAUUUAUUCGUUUUUUGUCAUAAAAUAAUAUAUUCAACACGUUAUAAAGUUUGUUAAAGUUUUUUUUAAUUUUUUAUAAUAAAAAUAUAC